AUGAACGGCGAUAGCUACUCUCGAGACGGAGGCCGUUCGAGCGGAUCGAGGAACUACCCCCCGAGAGACGAUCGCGAUCGCGGCGACCGCGGCGACAGGCGGCGGCGCCGCUCUCGCUCUCCCCGCCACGGUGGAGGAGCAGCAGGAGGAGGAGCAGGAGGAGGAGGAGGGUCCCGCCGCGACUACGAGGUUGACACGUACUCCUCCAGCCGAGAUUACCGUGAGCGCGAGCGCGAGAGUGCUUACGAUCGCCGUGAGAGGCGCGAUGAUCGGGGCGAGAACCGCGGAGGCGGUGACAGAAGCUGGGGCGACUCGUACUCCAGGCGCGACCGACCUCGAGGAGACCGCGAUCGCGAAGAUGACCGUGGUGCUCGAAGGGAUCGAGGUGACAGAAAUGAAAGAGGUGGUGAGAGGUUUGAUGGCGGCGAACGCAGGGGACGGGGCGGACGUGAUGGUGGCUUUGGUGGUGGUCGCGAUCGAGGGCGCCAGCAGAAGGAAGAGUCGCCGCCCUUCAACAAACCGCGCGAGGCUACACCAGACUUGACCAGCUUUGUCAACAUCCAGCAGCGCCCGCGCCGCAUGACACAGUGGGACAUCAAGCCCGCUGGCUACGAAAAUAUCACCGCUGAACAGGCCAAGAUUUCGGGCAUGUUUUCGCUGCCUGGAGCUCCCCGCGCUGCCCCAAUGGACCCGUCCAAACUGGCUGCCUUUAUAUCCCCGUCUGCCGGAACCGCAUCGGCUGCUGCUCUUGCACCAUCCGCCGCCAAACAGUCGAAGCGUCUCUAUGUUCAUAAUUUGCCCUCUGGCGCUAGCUCCGAGAACAUUAUGAAUUUCUUCAAUCUCCAGCUCAAUGGCUUGAAUGUCGUUUCUAGCAACGACCCCUGCCUGUCUGCACAUGUUGCCACUAGUAAGGAGUACGCUGCGCUUGAGUUCAAGACGCCCGAGGAUGCGACUGUCGCUCUCGCUAUGAACGGCAUUUCCAUGCGCGACGAUGCGGGAGGUCUUUCGAUCCGCCGUCCAAAAGAUUACAUCACCCCCGCUGCCGACGAGAACGCAUAUCCUGGAGACGAAGUGUCUUCGGUCGUCAAGGACAGCCCCAACAAGCUCAGCAUUGUCAAUAUUCCUGCAUACAUCGAGGAAGAGCAGGUGCGCGAGCUCAUCGAGACCAUGGGCAAGCUCAAGGCUUUCAUUUUGGUCAAGGAUACGAGCAAUGACCAACAUCGCGGUAUCGCUUUCUGCGAAUACGCAGACAACGAAAUCGUCGAUGCUGUCAUAGAAGGCCUGAACGGCAUCCCGCUCGGUGACACCAACCUGAAGGUCUCUCGUGCGACAGUGGGCCUGCAGCAGACGACUGGCUUGGAUGGCGGAGUUGGUGCCAUCUCAAUGUUGGCCGGUGCCAGCGCAGCCGAGAACCACGAACAUAGCCGCGUCAUUUGUCUCAUGAACAUGGUUACUUCGGACGACCUUAUCAAUGACGAUGACUAUGAAGAGAUCAAAGAAGAAAUCGAAGAAGAAUGCGUCAAAUACGGCCCCAUCAUCGAGACUAAGAUCCCUCGUCCUGCAGGAGCCCGCGUCAAUCUUGGCGUCGGAAAGGUCUACAUCAAGUACCAGGAUACUGAGUCUGCACAAAAGGCGAUCAAGAGCCUUGCCGGCCGCCAAUUCUCAAGGAGAACGGUAGUCGCGACAGAGUUUUCGGAAGAAGGCUUUGAUGUUGAUGCUUGGUAGUUUAUACUCGUUAUAGCGCUUGCUUCGGCAUCUCGUUCGUCAUGGUGUGUAUCAGGUCUUUGGUGCAGACAUCUCCUACGAGUGUGAGGAUAGUAAAAACAGGGGGAGUUUUGUACACUAAUUUGGUCAUAGGCAAAAAAGCAAGCAUGAGCGUGGUGACGCGCUGAUUGUAAUGCUCUUGCAUCGUUGGGUAGGAAAGCUCAAUUGAGAUCUAGCUAUUUUUCUUG